AUUUCCAGGGCCUGUGUAGUGUUAUGUAUUACGAAUAUUUCAAUGGCGGUAUCACAACAUAGAUUACGUCGAUACAUUCGGCAUGCGAAACGUAAAGCCAGAUCUGAAUUAUUCGAAGACGAUUGGAGCAGCGCGAAAUACUGCGAAACAUUUGAGACAUUAAGUGAAAAGUUGACAAGAGAUAAUAUUGAAAGGGUGGAUGCUUCCAAAAUUACUGUUGAAGAAUUCGCUGAAAAUUAUGAAUCGCGUCAUGUUCCUGUUAUUCUUACUGGUUUGACUACAUCUUGGUCUGCGACCAGAAAAUGGUCGAUUCCUAUACUGCUGAAGAAAUAUCGCAAUCAAAAAUUCAAAUGUGGUGAGGAAGAUGACGGACGUUCCGUGAAAUUGAAAAUGAAGUAUUUUUUAGAAUACAUGAGACAGACGAUUGACGAUAGUCCGCUCUAUAUAUUUGAUAGUUCAUUUGGCGAGCGCUACAAGGUAAGACGUUUACUGGAGGACUACCUUGUGCCACAGUUUUUUGCGGAUGAUUUGUUUCGUUAUGCGAGUGAAGAUCGGCGGCCGCCAUAUCGAUGGUUCCUUAUAGGAUCCUCCCGUUCCGGUACGGGAAUGCACGUCGAUCCAUUAGGGACUAGUGCUUGGAAUGCUCUUAUCAAAGGUUCUAAAAAAUGGUGCUUUUUCCACCCGCAAACACCAAAAAAUAUUUUAAAACCAACAAAGAAGGAGGGUGGCUUUCAUCCUGAUGAAGCAAUCACUUGGUUUGCUACUGUAUAUGGACGGAUUAGUUCCUCAGAUUGGUUGAAAGAGUGGAAACCUAUAGAAGCUGUGCAAUAUCCGGGAGAAAUCAUAUUUGUUCCUGGUGGAUGGUGGCACGUCGUUCUGAACUUGACUGAUACGAUCGCCGUUACUCAAAAUUUCUGUUCUAAAGUGAAUUUACCUCUAGUUCUCCUCAAAACGUUGGCUGGAAGACCAAAGUUUUGCCAACACUGGUUAAAAUGUUUACGGAAAGCUCGACCAGAUGUCCUACCUAUUAUUGAUGGUGUAUUGAAGAGUGUGGACGGUCUCAUAAAUUUCGCGGAGGCGUCAUCCAGUGAUUCAAGUUCGUCAACAGAAUCUUCCGACAGCGAAAGCGAAAGUUCAAACCCAUCACUUCAACAACACCCUUUUAGUAACAGCUCAACAGCUAUCACCAAAAGGAUCGUCUUGUCGUCAAGAAAGAGAGGAGGCGAAGUGAGUGACAGCUCUGUGUGUCCGGCAAAGAUAUAUCGUAGUCCCGUGUAAUCAGCUCACUCACUAAAAAAACUGCGCACCUCAUUUCUGCGUAACCUUCUGUUAGGACAAACUAUGUUUUCAUUAUUUAUAUGUUUCCACGUCCGAGAAGUUUGGCACUUG